AUGGGAGCCGCUGCAGUGAUUGAUCUUGAAGAUCACGUCACCCAUUUGGCUAUGGGCGACGACAACACGUCUACCGUGUAUGCCGCGGAGCUACGCGCCAUAGAGAUGGCACUCGAAUCAGUUCUGACCAGUAACGAGCCCUGGACCAGACAGGCAAAGAACGGCCUGGUCAUCUUUGCAGACAGCCAAGCGGCGCUGAAAGCGCUCUGCCGACCGCGUAUGCCUUCAGGUCAAGUCUAUCUGGCAGGAUGUCUGGAUUUGAUCCGCCAAUUGGCGGAGCAGGGGAUCCGAACUAAACUCAGAUGGAUUCCGGCUCACCAAGGGGUACUAGGCAUCGAGAUCGUGGACCAACAUACAAAAGAAGCUGCGCAAGGACCCGAUGAACCACAGAACCCUCACAACCGAUAUAUCCGCCUAGCAGCCGCGACCAAACGUCGUUUCCGCAACAAGGCAAAUAUUGAGUGGGAAAGGGCGUGA